AUGGCUCCCACAGAAAGCCAUAUCAAAGAACUCUCGAGUGUCUGGCAAUCCAAUUCAGUAGGUGUAAUGAUACACCACACACCCAUGUUGGCUCCGCUCAUGAGAGCAUGGCAGACAUUGGCCUGUGCAAUGGCAAAAGAUGGCAAAGCUGCCAAGGAAUUCAUGAACAUGCCAGAUGCAUUCACUUGGGUGGAAUUCUCAGACAAAGCCCCCAAGGAUGCCUCAGGCGACAAAGACUCUGUUAGUGAGGACAAGGACAAGGAUGACUCCAAGGAUUCUAAGUCCACAGCGAAUCACGCCACAUCUCCAACGCCCAACUCAAAGGGUGACCAAAUCUCCAGCCAACACUCAGGAUGCAAACAAAAAAAGCCAACCCUCUGUGCCGGCUACCCCGCUCUGCGCAAAGAAUAUCUUGUAGAACAUCUUUCACUGGACGCCCUUGAGUAUGGCAAAGAUGAAGAAGUUGAAGAGCUGAUUUCUGACAUCAAGAAUCUGGCUCCAUUGGCAAUCCCCUUUGCCACUGUCAACCAUCCUCUCUUUGUGGCUUUCCUCAAGAGACCGCCCCUAGAGAUAUUCCGUCACAACCCAUAA